AUCUCAAGUUAUUCCGCUGCUCAGUACCAUUGUAGCUUUUCCAGAGUCGACACUAUACACCUCUUAAAAAAAUGAAACUCUUGCGAGUGGUAGUCUUUUUGGUGCUGCUGGUCGGUGUACUGUCAUCCGUUUCAAAUAUUAAUUUGAGCCCCACAGGGAACUAUCCACCGAUUUCCACCAAAGGCGGAUUAGGCGUUUCGAUAGCCAUUCUAAUCUACAUGCUCUUCGCCGAAUUGGGUUAUCUGCCGUUCAAAUUUAAAGGAAGAAAAAGAAGAUCUGCGGUCAGUCAACUUACCAACCCCUUAAUGCUUGGUGACAGAGACAACAUCUUGAAGUUAAUUCUAUCGAUGGAUCGCCAAAGUUGCCUACUUCGUUUCCUGUGUGAAUUGGAAGGUUCGAGGCACGAAGCAGAGAAGAACAACUUGCGUUUAGAUCCCGAUCUAGAGGAUGAUUUAAUCCUUCUCAAAGUUGCCAAGCGCAAAAUGCACCCAGCAGAAUUGAUGAGACAAGAUCCCGGGUCUCCAGCUCUUCCUUUCGAAAUUGCGGUGUUCACGGGGUCGGAAGGUUUGAAUACUUGCGCCAGCGUCUUCCAAACUUGUCCUUACAACAUUACAACAAUGCAAGGAUUUUUGGGCGAAGCCUUGAACCACCUCUAAUCGGUGACACUCACAGCACGCACACAGAACUGCUGUCAUAUGUAUUUAAUUUAACAAUUUAUUUAUUAUACGAUGGAGAAACAUGGGAGAUCGCAAAAAUAAUUGUAAUAAAUGCGAUCAGAUGGUUUUAAUUUAUUGUUGCAACCCGGGAAAAUAAAUGACUCUUUAAAAAAGUU